GUCGGAACGGACCGCCGCGGCCAAGCGCCGCCGCGAAGAGGCCGACUCGGGGGUGGAACAGCGGCCGGGGCGCGAGCGGACCAUGAGCCGAGCAGUCAUGGACAGGGUGGGGAGGGCGCUGGCGCAGCGUCUGUUUCUGGUGCAGCGGCGGGAUAUAUCGCGGGGGCCGGCGGGGGUCGGCGGGGCGGCCUCGACCGAGGCUGGGGGGACAUCGACGGGUCCCGAUGAUAAGUGGCACGCCGUGUUCGCGGUGUUUGGCACCACGGGCAACGUGUACGAGUGCCACGUGUGCGCCAACCCCAGUUGUACCUGCCCAGACUUUGCGGGUGACCUCAGAUCCGGCGGCGGCGCGUCCGCCGGGGGCCGCGGCGGCAGACACGGCGGUCACAUCUGCAAGCACCUCUUGUGGGUGUACAUGAGGGUCCUCGGCGUCCAGCGCGACGACCGCGUCCUGUGCCAGGUGGCGCUUCUCCAGUCUGAGCUCGCGAAGAUGCUCGCGACGCCGACCCGCGCGCAGAGAGCCGAGCUCGCCGCCGCAGCCGUCCGCGAGGCGUACCUCGCCGCGACGGGCGGCGCGCGCGGGACGGAGGAGCUCGCGCCUCCGCCGGUGACGCGCCAACCGGUUCGUUCGGCGGAUGGCGACGGCGAGAUUGAGCCGGUGACGUGUCCCGUGUGCUUCGACCCGCUGGAGGACCCGGCGGAUGUCGCGCCAAACUUGGCCGGGGUGGACGUCGGCGCGAGUUGCUCCGGCGCCCGCGAGCCGAUAGGUUCAAAAGGCGCGAAGGUGUGGUGGUGCCGCGGUGGAUGCGGCGGGAACGUGCACAGCGCGUGCAUGCGACGGUGGAUCGACAGGAGCGGCAUGGCGCCCGCGUGUCCGCUGUGCAGGGCGACGUGGGUGCCGCAGGAUGAGGAUGACGGCGGCGGCGAUGACGCGACGGGGGACGCGGUUGUCGCGCUUCCGACGCCGGCGCCCGACGCCGACGGGACGACCGCGAAGACCGACCCCGAUACGAGCGCGCCGUUCACGAGCCCCGGGGGUUCGAGCUACGUCAACCUGCGCGCGUACCAGGGAGGAACCGCGGCGCGCAGGGACCUGAGCCAGUACAACGACUUCGCCAGGAAGGCCAUCGAGAAGAGGGAACGGGAGCAGAGGGAGGGCAAGUGACGAUCCCAACAGCGGUGGACCCGAAAGAUUCUUUUGCGACGGGUCUUCAAGAUCCCUCGCCAUACGCGCCGAUACUUGAUUUACGACUAGCAUAUUGUUACCAAGACGUGGUAGGCG